ACUAUGUGCCAAACCACAUAACCUGUGGAGAGACGAGAACGUUCUAGACGAUAAAGCUUCUCUACACCGUAACUACAACACAAUUAGCUACACAUUUGUACCAGUACUAAAUUGUACGUCGACAUUCUGAAAAUACUACAAAGGUACAGUAAAGGCCAGGGACAAUGCGUUUUCCAAGUUGAAGGUGAUGUGACAGAGAGGCGUAACGCAUAACAACUCGGUGGGAUACCAUGCCAUCUAACCCCAGAGCCUUUAGUUCUGGAGAACAGAUGAGAUGACUCUAAGUCCUGGCAAUGGACGUUUCCUCGCAUUCAUUGAAGACAGACGCUGGAAACGAGGAUUGUUCGUAAGAUGCCAAGAGAUUGUGCGCUCAAGCUUUAUCACUGAUGGAUUAUCAUAGUUUUCAUGACUUUGGAGUCAACGGGGUUCUGGAGCGCUCCAAAAGAAACGCAGAACACCGCAAGCCUCGCGAGGAUGAGGGGCUGCAGUUCUUGAGCCGGGAGGAGAAGGAGUGUAUCCUGUUCUUCGAGGAGACCAUCGGCUCCCUGGACGAUGAGUCGGAGGACCCGGGCCUGGGUCUGUCCUCUGGGAGCAGCACCUCUGUGGAUGGCCGCUCCGCCGCGCCCAGCCCCGUCCCCGUCCCUGUCCCCGCCACAGCCAGCGAGAGGGCCCCCAGCCCCAAAGAGCACGACAUCAUCGACCUGGUCCAAAGCCAGCAUGUCCCUACGGAGCCCAGGGAGAUCCCCUUCAACCCACCCAUGCCAGAUUAUCGGACUAUGGGCGUAACCCCGGAGACCCACUUUGAGAUGAAAGCGAGACGGGAGACAAUGGAGAACUUCCCCGCCGACUUUCAGUUCCCCCCUCCGCCUCCGUCGGCUCUUUCUGCACCCGACGAGGAGAGCUACAGCAACAGCCUGUACCAGCCUGCUGGGUCCGUCCCCACCCCCGUCCUCAUCGCCCAAAAGAUCGCCCAACACCAGGGGAGCGGGGCCAAGAUCUCACCUUCCUCCCUCUUAUCUAGCCGGCGCACAAGCACAGAUUCCCAGAGUCCUCCGCCCGACAGCCCGGUUAGACAAGGCCCUCCCACGUUGGCCAAACCCUCCCGCUUCCCUGAGAACAUCAGCUUCAUAUUGGGCAACCGGGAGUACAACCAGACGAUCGCCAAGGCGGCCGUCAACGUCAACGAGCGUCGAGCAAAGGUGCUGGCCAACUUGACCGGAGGGCCGCUCGCACUUGACCCCGAGGAGCAGUCGGGGCGAAACAUUCCCAAUCGGAGCUGCUCGUUCCAGGACCCAUCACCAGACAAGUCCAGGAUGGAGGCUCUUUCAAAACUGGGACUGGUUCACAAACGGAGUUUCCCUGGCAGCCAUUCGAGAGUCAUCACCCCGGCUUCACAGUCCCCAACUGUGCCAGAAACAUCCUCCAGCAAUGUUGGCAACUAUGACAGCAACCCCAGAGCACUGGCAUCUACCACCACCUCUGCAAGCGACUUCAACAGCUUUGGUGCAAAAAGCAAAGUCGUAAGUCCCUUAUCGAUGUUACCAAGUAAGAUGGAUGCUGACUCUAACUCUAUCAUCACCGAUGAAACCAAACCUCCUCUAGUGUCACAAAGCUCUCUUGAUGGCUCUCCAGUCGACUUCAACAGCUACGGAGGCAAGACCAUAAUUAUGAAUCCCUCAGUCGGGUCAGUGCCGAAGCGGGAUUCUUCACCUCAGCCCGUCAGUAGCUAUGAGAGUGUCCCCAGUGCCGUCAGACCCCCAACGAGGGCCACGGCAGGCUGGGCUGAAGCCCCACAGUGCGACUUCAACAUCUGCGGAGGCAAAACCAAAGUGAUCACUCCUGCACAUGCUUCAACUGCCAAAACCGAGACCUCCUCCGAGAGCUUUGUCCCGCCCGACAGCAAGGCCAGGCCACCGGCUGCCUCAUACCUGCCCUCCUACAAGGCCGAGGCCUACCCAAGUGACAGCAGCUCUUCGGUACACCUCAACAGCUACGGCGGCAAAUCCAAAGCGGUGAACCCGUCACUCCUGUCCGGCCCGAAGCCCGAGGUUGCCGCAAGCGACCUCAGGCCAGCAGCUCCCCAGCCGAGCAUAACCCCCAAGCCGUUCUCCUACAGGGCGGAGCCGCGACCCUCCGAGGCCCCCAAACCGGCCUCCGGCUCCCGCGGGGGCAGCUUAUUGCCUGAGCCCCGGAGGAGGGCUGUGUCCAAGCCAUCGCUCUUUCCCCAGGGGGUCACGGUGCAGUUCUCAGGCCGGGGAUCGACCGACGAGUCCCGGCGGGACGCCCUGAGGAAACUGGGCCUGCUGAAGAACACGCCCUGACCCCGCCUGCCCUCACCUUCUCUCCUCCCCAUUGGCUCCCAUCUCCCUUUCACAGUGUGGCGAACCUAUAGCCACGCAGUUGUGGCCAGGAGGGAGGAGGAGUAGGUCUGGGCACACCAGGGAACAAUGAUCCUGGUGGGUGGGUCCAGUAGCAGGGAAUUCUGUUUCAUAAAACUGACGGAGGAGACCGCCACAUUCUUCUGGAAUUCAACUUUUAUGUAUGUCUGUCUGGGAAGGGCUAGCGCCAGGGAGUCUCCAGGAGGAGACCGGUUAGUUUACGGAUGUCGGAGAAGCCGGCAGAUCUGGUUCUGUCAUUUUUCUCUGCAGUAAAACUCUGACACUAUUGCCGUCACCUCUGCUCUCUGCCAGUGAAAAUUCAGGCCCCAUCCUCUGACCUGGAGAAAAUACCAAUGCUUUUAAUCAUUGCUUGCUCAUAUCUUUUGCCUUAAAAGAUUUUUGUGAUGGCAGGGACAUGGUAUAAGCAGCAGUUGUCUGGUGCGGGAAUGACAGAUAUUUCUACCUGAAAAGCAGAUAAUUCAUUCAUCAUAAAGUGUCAAGCUGUGAACUGGCCUCGUUUUUACCAGAGAUGUUGAGGCCCCGGGACUCUCUUUAUACUGUGUUAUUUAUGCAUUUGGACAGACAAUGGUGGAUAAUGUUACGGUAUGGACACGUUAUAACUGCAUAAUAUGUAUAACUGCGCUGCUUUUGUGAAUUAUUGAUAACAGGGUCCUCAACACUUGCAGUGCAGUUUUUGUCACACAAACAGUUAUCAUAGACAUGUUUACAGUCUCCUUGUAUAUUACCUUUAUAUGUUUAGAUGUAGAUAUGCAUAAUCUAUGAGCUGUACUUUUGAUUUUUAAUGUUAAAUGAUGGAUAGAUUUUCAUAAACAUGCAGAUUGUCUAUUGCCUUAUAGAAAUUAUAAAAUACAUUAUAUAUAUAUAUAUAUGAAAUCUCCAGAAUAUAGCUCUACUCAGGUAGUCACGUAGGGCCAACCGGUAAACAAAUGCCUUCUUUGGCAGGUGAACUACCAACCCAUAAAAAAAACCAGCAUAGAUAUAGCAGAAGGAAUUAAGUUAGCUACAGUAAUAUUAAACUUAAACACAAUUAAACACAAAUUUAAGUGAAUUUGGGUUUAAGAAAAUGGCAGUGGCUCUGAUCCAGGGUUAACAAGUUAUAUUUUAGUCCAGCCUCUCUGCUGAGCAGAACGGUAUUUUUAAAUCUGAUGAACAUGCCUCCCACAGAAAACCACAAGCUAGACACUGGUUUCUACAAUAACAGUUUUUCCUGUUUCUUUUCGUGUUUAAAUACAAUUCACAGAAGCUCAUUGUAGUCAUAGGAUAGCAUGUGUAGCCUCCAAAAUGAAUAACCAGCUAUAAAUAUCCAUAUAUAUGUAUGGAUAUUUACAGUGAUAUGUUUUGGUGGCUACACACAAAAGUAUAUGGUAUACACACAUCCAAAGUUUGGCGACUAAAGAAAUCUUCAAGUUUAGCUGUGCUUUUUCUCUGUGGCAGUUAAAUGAAGUGUGAACUCAUGUAAACCUGGUAGUGCUGCCUAGCAUUAUGGUCUAAUGAAUCCUCAACAGUAUUGGUGUGGAGAUCCUCUGUGCAUUUGCAUUGUGUAUGUGUGUGUGUGAGUGUGUGCGUGGGUGGGUGUGCGUGUGUGUGUGUAUGCGAGUGUGUAUGAGUGUGUGCGUGUAGGUGAGUGUGUGUGUAUGCGUGUGUGUGUGUGUGUGUGUGUAUAUGGGAGUGAGAGUGUAUAUGUGUGUCUGCGUGGGUGUGUGUGUGUGAUGUGUGUGCAUAUAUGUUUGCAUGUGAAUGUGUUUGUCCGUGUGCGCAUAUUUGUGCAACAGCACAUGCGUGUCAUUUUGUGGUAUUGUGUAUAUGUGUAGGUGGGUAUGUCUAUCCAUUUAGUUUUUAUUCGGUUUUUCAAACCCUGACUCCGGUACUGUGUAGUUAAUCUACAUUUACUCUUGAAGUUUACAGUAGCACUAAUGCGCUAAAAUGCACAGUAGGAAUACUUGUCUCCUCUAACCAUGAAUGUGUAGGAGUAUUUAGCCAAUGCUACGCAGUUGUUGAAUAGUCCCUGUCGACAUCCUUCAAUAGAAAAAUGACAAUGCUCUGUAAUCUGUCUACCUAUAUCUGUAUGAAAUAUGUGUACAGUUUACAUUCCCACAAUAAUGCUGUCUCAACACUGAUGCAAUGUUAUAGCGAUAAUAAACUUACUUUAUCAAUCUGAUUUUAUUAUGUGUUAAGAUGGACCUUCAGAUGAGUUUUAUUGAAUAAUUUUACCUGGCAUUAUUUUACAUUUAUAUCCUUGUCAUAAGCAAGAGAAUAAACGGUUUGUUUUUCUCUAAA